AUGUUUAGUUGGGUGCUAAGAAUAUUUUUGCUUGGUUACGUAGUGUGGGCACAAAAGGACCCGCAUUAUAAGGAUGAUCGUGAUACGAUGGUCCACUUGUUUGAGUGGAAAUUUGAUGACAUUGCUGAUGAAUGCGAACGGUUUUUGGGACCUAUGGGUUACGGAGGUGUUCAGGUCUCACCAAUUAACGAAAACUUAAUCAUGCGAAAUCGACCAUGGUACGAGCGCUACCAGCCCCUGUCCUUCAAAAUAAACACCCGUUCCGGAAACGAAUCAUCCUUCGCUAGCAUGGUAAAACGCUGCAACGCCGUGGACGUGCGAAUCUAUGUAGAUAUCGUAGUGAACCACAUGUCUGGAGACGCGAAUCCAGCCGUAGGAACCGGAGGAUCCACCGCAAACACCUCUUCAAGGUCCUAUCCAGCGGUUCCAUUCUCUUUUGCGGAUUUCCACCAGCCCGUUUGUUCCAUUAGCAACUACAACAACGCUACCGAAGUAAGAAACUGCGAGCUGUCCGGACUUCACGACCUGGACCAAAGUAAAGAGUACGUCAGGAGCAAGAUCGUCGAGUUCAUCAACCGGAUCAUCGACCUAGGAGUCGCUGGAAUCAGAGUGGACGCCGCCAAGCACAUGUGGCCGCAAGAUCUCAAGGUCAUCUACUCGCGAUUGAACAACUUGAGUGUUGCUCAUGGAUUUCCCGCGAAAUCCCGGCUGUUUAUUUAUCAAGAAGUCAUCGAUCUCGGCGGUGAGGCUAUCAAAAAGGGAGAGUACACCUCACUAGGUCGAGUAAUUGAAUUUACCUUUGGAAUCGUUUUGGGCAAUUUCUUUCGGGGAAACGAACAGCUGAAGUUCUUGAAAAACUGGGGCAAUGGCUGGGGACUCCUGCCCUCGGAAGAUGCCUUGGUCAUGAUCGAUAAUCACGAUAAUCAACGGGGCCAUGGAGCGGGAGGUGCUACGAUUUUGACCUACAAGUUACCCAAGCAGUACAAGAUGGCGACGGCGUUCGAAUUAGCGCAUCCCUAUGGAACCACAAGAGUGAUGAGUUCUUUCAACUUCACCGAUCCAAGCAUAGGACCACCAGCCGAUAAGAAUGGAUCCAUAUUGUCCCCAGAAAUUGACCCAAAAACUGGAACUUGUAAAAAUGGUUGGAUUUGCGAACAUCGUUGGCACCAAAUCCAACAAAUGGUCGUGUUCCGUCUGGUGGCCAAGAACGAUCCCAUAAACAAUUGGUGGGACAAUGACGGGGACCAGAUAGCGUUCUCUCGAGGAUCAAAUGCCUUUAUAGCGUUGAAUAAUGAUGAUGAGGACUUGAAACAAAGUUUGGUGACUGGUCUUCCUGCUGGUAAAUACUGUGACGUGAUUACCGGGCAGGUUAAGAACAAUAAGUGCACUGGAAAAACAGUCGAAGUCGGUAAAAAUGGAGUCGCUUUUGUUGAUAUACCAGCCAGCGCGGAAGAUGGCGUUCUUGCGAUCCACAUAGGCCGCCAGUCAAAGGUAAGACUUUAG